AAUCAAAAUGCGCAAAUAGACAGAUUGGCGGCUAAAGUAUGCAUCAUUAUUGAAAAAAAGUACAAACCAUUCUUUGAUAUGUUGCCUUUUGUAGACUGAUAAUCGGCAGGAAAUAAAAAAACAAUCAACGACAUUUUCAUUCGCACUAAAGGAAUUAUCUUCACCAAAACGUAAAAUAAUAAACAAAUUAGAUAAAGCUGCAGAAUAUGGUAAAAAACGUGAAACGAGAAAAAACGCAGAAUCAAUAUCAAAAACAGACGAUACAUUCAGGCAUUCAGAGAAACAUAAUGUAGUAGAUAUACUUAAAAAUAACCUUCUUCAAGUAUUAGAACGUGAUGAGAAACUUGAUAAUUUAGUAGCUCGUUCAAAUGCUCUUAUGUUUGAAGCACAAACAUUUUGCAGGCGAAUCGCUUAUGAACCUAAAUCAGAUUAUCUUCAGACAUCAACUUCCGUCACUUCAGCCCAAUCCGAUGAUGAACUAAAUGAAAAAAUUCAAUCCUACACUAAAAAGAAAAAAAAAAGCAAAUUCAGCCCGCGAUCAGUAGAAAAACAAGAUGCUUAUCAUACCGAGAUACGCGAUUUAUUAUUAAUAGAUGUUACACCAUUAUCAAUUGGUAUUGAAAUAAUUAA